AUGCCAUCCGGCUCGGCCGCUUCGUUUGUUCCACUGCCCCUAGCCCCUUCUGAUUGCACUAGCGAGACAGGUGGGCGCCGGGACCUCGCCGCCACGUCGGCGCCGCGGCUACCCCGGCCGCCCAGCCACUGCUUCACAGCAUACCGUCAGCAGGCCGAGGCAGAGGCGCUACGGGCUGCGGCAGCAGCUGCUGCAGUGCCCCAGAUUCCUCCAGUGCCACAAGCGUCAAUGCGCAAUGUGCGCCUGGCACAGCAGAUGGCUAAUCGGCCCAGCGUGCUUGCCGCCCUGCGCCUUCGCAAGGCACCCCCCGUGCUGAGUGGAGGCUACAUGGUACCCCCUGCUUCUAUUGGGGCAAUGGAACGCAGUAUGAACCCCCUUGGGGGUGGCUGGGUCCUGCAGCGCAGCCUGCGCCAACGUCUUGGCCCGCUGUCUGGUGGAGUGAAGGCACGCCUUGGGCUGCGGCCAUUCCACCCAGCUGGGAUGUUACUUCGCUCUAGGCUGGGAUUGAGGCCACUUCAAGUCAAUGGAACUCGUGCCGGACAGUCGCGCAGGAAUCGCGGAGCAGCCAGGGCCUACUACAGGCAGCCGCGCGCCAACGGGGCUCUUCGUGGACAGUUUGGUCGGUCACGAAAUCGCAGGCGACGGGCUCAGCAACAGCAGCAGCAGGGAGCGACCGGUGUAAAUUCUGGUGGCCAAAAUGACCGUCGUCAAUUAGAUCAGCAGCUGGAGGCAUACAUGGCACGCACAAGAAGCCACUUGGAUGCUGAGCUGGAUGCCUACAUGGCCCAGGCCAGUGGGAGUAACAGCUAAACGAGCCUAGGUGGACCCUAAUGUGGUGGAGGCUGGCGAGCCAGGAGUAGGGCAAGGUUGCGUGGUGACGAGGCAGCUGACGGGAAGGCAGCCACCAGUCGAGCCCCGCUCCAGCGCGCCCAGUCACCGAGCACCACACCUUCCCAGCAAGGCUGCAGCAGCUGCCGGAGGAGCUGCAUGCGUGAAAAGAAAAAAAAAAAACUGACCUGUUCCCCAUCGUUCGGGGCAAGCAAUCGCACGAGUAUGGCGAUUUUGGUGUCCCUGUUGGUUCUGAUAUCUUACACAUACUUGAUGUUUAUGCUUUUCGAUUGCCGCUAAGCUGCUCUUAGUUUCCUGACUGCCUUGAUGUUCUUUUGAAGUGACAUUUUAAUUCUGUACAGUUCAAGAAAAAAUAACAUCUUUUCAUCUACUGUCAUGGGACACAUUGCCUGGCCUGUUGUGAAACUAUUAAUGUCCUUUCAGCCAGCUUUCUCCUCAAUGAUGUGCGAGUGGAAAGCAGGUGGACCAAUAUACAUAGAUAUACAGUCAUGUAAGAUGAUGACAGAAGGAACUCCUGUCUUUGUGCCCAUCUUCCUGGAGGCUAUAGAUUUUAAUAAAAAGUUAGCUGGCUCAUCAUGCAGCUAUGUUGAAAAGUUAAACAGGUAGAAGGUUUGGUCUGGGCAAGUGUUCUUUUAGGGGUGUCGGUGGAGGCUCGAAUUAGAGGCAUUUUAUUAGGGCAGUAUUUUAGCAGAACCGUCUCCGGUGAUCUUGUAAAUCUGAGUUGCUCAGAGUGAGAAAUUCGAUGUGCUAUGUGUGUAUGUGCAGGCUUGGCCGACAUCUUCCUAAACUGUGUUCGCUGAGUUUGCUUGCCCUAUUUGCAGCAACUUUUCUUGCUUUUCACUUGAUCCCACCCGUUCAUGACCCAAAGUUGUACAUCAGGACACUAUGAAUGCAUCAAAUGCUGAUAAUGAAAAUUGAUCCGGUGAUAGGCUGAUUUUAUGAGCGAUUCUUGACGACGUAGGUGUGCGCGUUGGCUGUAUGCCUGGCGAUUUCACUGUGGUGCACAGCAACUGUCCAUAGGCAUUCAUCCAGCGCAAGUGAAAGAACUGUGGCCUGUCCUCAACUCUCCCACCAAGACUUGUUCCCUUUCAUGUUUUAGAUCAUAGUAUUUAUGUUCUGGCAUACGUGUGUACAUGCUGUCGUAAGUCGGUGCUGUUCAGUCAAGAUGACUUUUAAUGAAAAUUUUUGAAUGUGACAGUCUGCUUCUGUGUCAUUCUUUCUUUUAUUUUUUUAUUCGCAUUGCAGCAUACAAUGCUUACACUUUUCUGCAAUGUACACACACAUGCAUGGCUAUGUUCCUACAUGUAGCUGUAUAGUUGUAAGUACCAAAUGGUUAUCCUUUUUUCACCAACAUGCAUGCAUUUUGCAUUCAUCACUACAUAUACUCUGUACCAUGUCCGAGCGUUCCAUAUUUUUAAAUCCUCUAAGUCCUCUUCAUUCCACCUGCCUUUCCUAUAAAACUUGUAAAAUAACUGUGAUUGUUGCAACUGGAAAUGCUCCAUUGUCAAAACAUGUGCAUCACCGAACACAGGAAAGCUUGUUACUUAGUUGGCAGAGUACUGCUUAGCCUCAUUAUAAUAAAGAUGCAUACAUCUAAA